UUACGUCAUCAAUAUUGGCGGCAUUUUGAAAAAGUCGUGUUGUGGUUGUCUGUCUUGAUAACUUUAGUUUUCAAUUUCGUAAGAUAUGGAUGAAGUUAACCAAGGCGACCAGGCUGCAUCAGAACUAUCAGAAGCCGCCUAUGUGGAACUUGUGAACAAGUUUGAGCAGCAGUUCGCGACGCUAGAAAAGCUUCAAGAUGAAAUAAUACUACGUGAGCCAGAUCAAUUUGAUGAUACACAAGACCAGUUAGUUCAUCGAGUGCUAGCCACAGAAGCGGAACUCAAACAUUGGCAUACAGUGGAACCGAGAUUGCUGGCAGAAAAUUCUGAAGUGUUACUGAAAGCGGGAAAAGAGGAGAUGCUCAAGCUUUGCUCUGAACUUGAGAUGGUUCUCUCAUGUUAUGAAGUAAAGCAAGAUAAACUACAAGAAAUUGAAGAACUUGAACUGAAGUGGUUGAAGGAAAAAGAAGGGGUGCUAAACGCUGUCACUGAUCAUGCUAAGCGACUGCAAGAGCAAUGUGACAAAUUAUCUGAGCACAGUGUUCUGCUUGACACCAAAGAGAAGAUUCGUAAAAUGAAAGUCUACCAAGAAAUUCUGAUGGCGUCUCUGGGAGACAUCAUAGAAGAGCAUAUUCCUCCUCCUGACAGCAGCCAGAAUAUUCCUAAUGAAGAAAUGAUUUCCAUCAGUGACAUUCUGGAGAUGCUAAUGAACAAGGUUCUGAAAACACCACAUGACCCUUAUGUGACGAUUGACUCCACUUUUUGGCCACCCUACGUGGAGAUGCUACUCCGACAUGGCAUGGCUGUAAGACAUCAGGAGAAUAACUUAAAAAUUCGUCUGGAAGCGUUUUACUAAAGUUGUAAUGUAGUUGCCGUUUGGCAUUACUGUAUACUAUUUUUACAUGUCCUUUUACUGAAGCUGUUUGCUUAAUAUUUUCUGAAUAAUAUCAUAUGCCAUUUACUAACUUAUCGUAGCUCCUUGCAAUUGGUUUCAUUAUCUAAUUGUUUGUCCUGUUCAGUAAGUGGCUAAAACUGCAUCUGCAACGGUUGUUCUGCUUUAUAUUUUUCAGCAGUGUAGCCUCAUUCCAAUUUUGGCUCAUAAGACAAAAAACAAAAAUAGACCUAAUGACCUUUUACGCAUAAGUUGGGAUACUCGUAAGUCAAGGUACUGCUGUUGUAAAACGUUACAGCUUAUGUUAGCUUCAUUUUACCACAUAUUUUAUUGUUGUCAUUAUUGUAUUUUAAUUGUGAAAAGGUCUAUUAAAUUCAACUUUCUG